AAUCUUAAUGUGAGUUCAUGCAACAAAAUGCUCUAAUAUCUGAAUUGAGUCCGAGAGAGUUGCGCGCCUAUCAUUCUUCAACAGACGUUGUUGCGUAGUUACAAACUUUGGCCAUUAGAGGCGCUCCUCUUGAAUCGCACCGUAGAAGAAGAUACUCAGAACUAGUUGAAUGACACUAAAAGGAACUUUCACAAUUUUCCAUUUACAGCCCUGGGUCGAUUUAUAGAAAUCGGAACAAGGAGUUGAGACGUUUUCCGUAUCAACACCGUGUUUUUAUAUUUUUGAAUAUGAGGGACCGAACGAAGGAAUUGGGAAAUACCGCCGAGGCUUCAGACGACGACGAUGAAGGUAAAUCUCUGAUGAUCAAACCAGGAACCUCUUCAGCCAAAGAGGAGAAAGAGAAUGAAGCCUUCCUGAAAAAGGUUCAGGAGGUUCAUGAGAGCCUGCAGAAUCUGAAGAGUUUAGUGUCGGACCUGGAAACCAAACAGAAAACGGUCCUGGGAGUUGCACUGCCUGAAGACAGUAUGAAGAAAGAUCUGCAGACUUUGAGAGACGAGAUCAAAUUGCUAGCAAGUCAGAUCCACAGGAAACUGAAGAGUAUUGAGCCUAAAAAGGGAGAAGAUGACGGAAAAUAUAUUCCUGUCAACAUUCGGAUGCAGAAAACGCAGCACGCUGUUUUGUCGAAAGAGUUUGUGGAGCUGAUGGGUCACUGCAACACCAUUCAGGCUCAGUACCGAGAUCGCAAUGUGGAGAGAAUACAGCGGCAGCUUAAGAUCACUGGAACUAAUGUGACAGACGAGCAGCUGGAUGUGAUGCUGGAAAGCGGACAGACCGAUGUCUUCACUCAAAAUAUUCUGAUCGACGCUAAAGCCACCCGACAGGCUCUGAAUGAGAUCGAGUCCAGACAUGAUGAGAUCCUGAAGCUGGAGCGGAGCAUCAAGGACCUGCACGACAUGUUCCAGUACCUGGCCAUGGAGGUGGAGGCACAGGGGGAGCUGGUGGACAGCAUCGAAAACAACAUCAGACAGACCAACAACUACGUAGAAAAGGCGAAGGAAAACGUAGAGAAAGCUGUCACAUACCAGCAGAAGGCGCGCAAGAAAAAGGUUUGGAUUGCCAUCUGCCUUGCCAUCCUGCUCCUGAUCCUCGCCAUUUCUCUGGCUGUCACCUUCUCCUGAACGGGAGACCCAGCUGGACAAUCCACAUGUGUACAUAGUAGGGAAGAUUCAUCUUCUCGGUUGACCCUUGUCUUCCUCUUACGCUCUUAUCACAGCAGCCCAAGAGGAUGUGAACUGUUACGUUGACUUCAAUGUUUUUAAAAAGUGUCUUUAUGGAGGAGGAGCCAGAACGCCGGCACCACACUUCAGUUCUCAGGAACUUUUUCCCUCAUUACAGUUGUGCUUAUGAACAAAUGAUUAACACUUUCGGCGCAUUUUAACCUGCUGUAAAUAACCUCUUUGAAUCUUUUUAAGAAAGAACACGUUUUACUGUCGCCCUGGCGACACCUGCCUUAGUAUUUAUGAUGUUGAUGCUGCUGUCCAACCAUCGCCUUCUUUCACCUACCGCAACUGAAAAGGGACAUUUUCUUGUCGAAAGUUUUUCAGACACAAUUCCGCUGUGCUCCGGUCUGUAUCACCUCUUUUAAUAAAAUACUGUUGUCUAGCUUGUUGAGCAUUU